AUGGCAUCUUAUUUAAUCACCGGCGCCUCCCGCGGCAUUGGUCUUGCGAUAGUCCAUAUCCUCGCAUCUAAGCCAUCGUCGGAAAUGUCUGUGGUGUUUGCUGCCGCCCGUACAGAAAGCGACGAACUGAAGCAGCUCAUCGCGACUGCAGAAAACCGCGUGCGCUGGGUGCAGCUUGACAUUAUCGACAAGGAGAGCAUUGAGCGGGCAACCGCCCAAGUGACCGAGGCGUUGGACGGUAAAGGCCUCGACGUGCUGAUCAACAACGCCGGCAUUAUGCCCUGGACAGUGGGUGGAAUCGAGGCCAUGAACGAUCUUGACUCCACCUUCCACAUCAACGUAACCGGUGUUCACCUGGUGACGCAGAGUCUUCUCCCAUUGCUGAAAACGGGCACCCUCAAGAAGGUGGUCAACGUAUCGACGACUGUGGGAUCGAUUGGCAUGGCCGCCACGUACCAGUUAUUCACUGUCCCCGCAUACAAGAUCGCGAAGGCCGCCCUCAAUAUGUUGACAGUUCAGUAUGCCCAGUCGCUCAUCGACCAAGGGUUCACAUUUAUAGCCGUCUCCCCCGGGUGGGUUAAGACAGAUCUGGGGGGCGAAGGCGCGGACUUGACCGCGGAACAGAGUGCCAACGCAGUGUUGGAUAUCAUCUUCCACAAGUCCGCUGCUGAUACGGGGAAAUUCUUCAAUAUUCGUGUCGCUGGGUGGGAAGACGCCGAGGGUCUUAACCGAUAUGAUGGCGCGCAGGUUCCUUGGUAA